AAUAAAACUAAAUUCUUCUCUUCUAAAUAAACCAUAAAGAUUGUACUUUUUUUAUUUUUUUUUCUCUUUUCUUUUUUCUUUCUUCAUACAAGAAUUGCCAACCAGGCUUCCUCUCCUUAUUAUUUUAUUCCUCGUAGAAAGCCCUCUUUUUUAACGACAGCCCUUUCACCGCCAAAUUGACAUAGCAUAGGACAGCUUCCUCAUCUCUCUUCAUUCGCACCAUUUGACAUUUCUUUUAAGACACCACCAAAAUCAAUUUUAACAACUAACCGAUAGCAAAGGUCAUUUCAAUGAGAAUGUUGCUCUCGUAGAAAUCUGCCACUAUCUAACGCAUUCUUUUUCUUUUUUCUUGAUUGAAAACAGAUGGGCCAAUUCAUUUCUAGCUUGAAUCUCCGUCCUGGAGAAGCUCUCGUACCUGAACUGGGUUUCGACAUUGAAAACGCUACACCUUCUCAUGAUGAGUUACAGUUGUACAACAAACUUUCUGCUUUGUUAGUCAGACCAGGUCCUACGUUAUUAUCUCUUUUAAAGAGUUAUGUGCCUGCUUCUGAGCAAAUUCGUGAUGCCAUUGCCAAGCCUACACACGAAAACGAGACAAGAGCUUGGGAUGCUGUUGCACCUACUGUAGAUAUCUUGCGCGAAAUCUAUGAUUAUUCUGCUGAUCUACAGGAGGGGCUACCUGAAUUAUUAAGCGUUCUUUGUCAAGGAGAUGUCAACAAGAAUUUAGAAACAAAUCAAGGCUUAGCCAAGUUAUUUGCAGAACUGCUUGAUUUUGUGUUUGAAUUUGAUCAUUUGAAAAUGAGAAGCCCUACAUUACAAAACGACUUUUCUUAUUAUCGACGUAUGUUGCAAAGAGGAAGAUACAGUAGUAGCAGUAAUAACAACAACCAUCCUACGAAUAGUAGUAGUAGUCACUCGAAUGCCAUGUCAGAUUUGAGAAGUGCCAUGAUAGAAGAUGAUCAAGCCAAUCGCAUCUCUCUUUUCAUUGCUUAUCCAACUCCCAUGCUGAAAUGCAUUAUUGAUACAACAACGACCUUUGUCAAUAACAAUAAAUUGCAAAAGAGUGUAGGUGAUUGGUUGGCAGCUUUAUGGGCAACAUGCUUCAAUACCGUGAGCAAAAAGAGAAACCAAAACCCGCAAAUUGCAGCAUUCUGUAUGAAAGUCAUGGUGGUGUCCAUCAUCCUGUACGAUCAUAUAGACCCAAACGGCGCAUUUUACAAGAAUUCGCCCAUCAACAUUAAAAACUCUGUCAAAAUCAUACAAUCUGUACCAACCACUCUUAAUUUAUCAGCUUCAUCCACUUCAACCAACACGCAUCACGGCGGCAACAGCAGUAGUAGUAGCAGCAGCAGCAGCAGCACCAGCAGCCGCAGUCGACUUCUCACCAGCGAAUACAGCUCCACGAACCUCUUAUCCGCUUUGAAAUACAAUUCGAAACAUUUGAAUGAUGAAACCACACCAAAAGGCGUAAAGAACUUGGUCUUGGCCACUUGAGCCAACUUUUUCAAAUAUUUUAUUUUUUUUUCACUCAAUAAUACUACACUACUUAUUACCAACUACAGCUAUUUUUACUACUAUUACUACCCACUACUAUCAUAUCUUUAUUUUUCUUUCUCUCUCUAUAUAUAUACAUCUAUAGUCUUUUUAACAACUGCAUUCAAAUUCUUUUCAUUAUCAUACUAUUACUAAUCUUAAUAAUACUUGACUAUGUGUAUAUAUAUAUGUAAAUCUAUAGAUCCUAAUUUUUUUUUUUUUUUUUUUUUUUUUUU